UCAUUUUCAAGUGCCUCAGAACGUAUAAAUGCAGCGCUUUUAAAAGAUCUGCACUUACUAAUUAACUGAGUAGCUUGCUGGUUGUGUAGUGGUACAUUUCACAAUGAGGACUUUCAUCUUUCUUUCAGUGUUGGUGUGCAUAUGCAGUGCAGAACCCUUCGAAGGAGACAUUAUCUUAGACCCACACACAAGCGACAUUGUCAACGGUAAUUCCGCAUAUGACGCAAUCAAGUCUGAAACACAAAAAUGGACCAAUGGAGUUGUCCCUUACAUAUUCGACUCAAGUUUCGAAACCAGUCGCAGGGAUGUUGUCAGGCAGGCAGUAGCUGACUUCAAUAGAUACACGUGUAUUCGAUGGGUGCCGAGAACCAGCCAGAAAAACUACAUCAAGUUCAUUGUUGGCGGAGGAUGCUAUUCGUACAUCGGCAUGUCUGGUGGUGAGCAAGUGGUGUCAAUAGGCCAGGGAUGUGAAAUCAAAGGCAUUGUGAUUCACGAAAUGAUGCAUGCAAUGGGUUUCUGGCAUGAGCAGUCCAGACUGGAUCGCGACCAAUAUAUUAGGAUUUUCUGGGAUAACAUCUCUAGCGGCAGAGCCAACUACAACUUCAAGAAGUACACUCAUGGUCAAGCUGAUUACUAUGGUGAAGGAUACGACUUUGAUAGCGUGAUGCAUUAUGGGAACUGGGCUUUCAGUAUCAACAACAAGAUGACAAUCGAGGCAAUUCAAGAUCGCAGCAGAAUGCUGGGUCAGAGAGACGGGUUCAGUCAAACAGACGUUAGGCAGUUAAACAAGGUGUACAAGUGCACUGGCUACGAAAACGUUCAAGUCCCUCCUCCUAAAGGUUGCAUUAAUCGAUAUGAUAGAUGUGCAGAAUGGGCCAAAGCUGGUCAAUGCCAAACAAAUGAGCGAUUCAUGCUGCCAUACUGCUGUCUUGCCUGCAAAAAUGGAGGCGGUGGCUCAAAUUGCUACGACAGUAACAGCAACUGCAAGGCAUGGGCUGAUGGAGGACACUGUCGUAUCAACCCAGGUUACAUGUUGAAGAACUGCAAAAAGAGCUGCAAUGUCUGCUGAGUCAAAUUAGGCCCUUAUUAUGGAAAUGUCUAAUUAGAAAUUGUCAAUUUUUGAGUUUCGAAGAACUAAGAGCUCUA